AUGACUAACCAGGGCGAUGCCAGCGGGCCGUCACUCUUUCAGGCCCGCAGCACCCGCCACAACCACAACCACCAUCUCAACCACCAACAUUUGCAUCUUCACCAACACCGUCGUUUGCACACCCCCGAGGUCGAGAGUACCUCGCCACACAUUCGUUCACCACCCAACGAGAAGCUGCAUGGCCGCCAGGUCGUCGUCGUCCAAACCGUGUCCGUUGUCCACUACAUCGAUGCCACGGGCGGCGUCACGAGCAUCGACACCUUGACCUUGGAUUCCCCCGUCGCACCCACCGCGGUAGGCUUGCCGGCGGGUCUCACUGCCGGUUUGCCCGCGCUCAGCGACGUGUUGCCCAGCGUGUCUCUCCCUGGGCUGCUUCCCGACCCGGUCGAUGGCUCGCCAUCGUCGACAACCUCCACUGAGUCGGAGACAUUGUCGUCCACCUUGUCAGCGUCCUCGGAGACGCUGACGUCCACUCCUUUCAGCAGCACGUCUGCAUUCCCCACGUUGUCCGGGGUUGGCAACUCUUCAUCGUCAACCCGCCAACCGUCACUCUUUGGCAACCACACAAUAGGCCUCUUCUCGAACUAUUCACGAACUUCACCUUCUCGUUCCACAUUCGCUUCUACUAAGAGCAGCAGCUCUCUCUGGACUUCUACCACCGACGCCAAUACGCCCACGAUUGCAGCCGGCGGAGGCGAGGACAGCACAAAUGCCGGCACUGGGGCCACAGCAGCCACUCCCGUGCCCGUCGAACCCACUCCCGAGCCUACUGGUCUCGCCCCCGAAACGCGGAACGCUGUCGUUGGCGGGGUCGUCGGUAGCAUUGCCGGCAUCGCGCUCAUCGCCCUCGCACUCUUAUACUUGUUGAAGUGGAGGAGACAGCGCGGCCAAGGCAUCAUGUUGCUAGGCGACGAGGACACACCUCGGGGCAGGGGCUUUUCAUCACCGGAACCAACCAGCCCCAGCAGCGGGAUGGGUAUGACGGAGCGGGCCGGUGCCUUUGCGAUACCCGCCGCUCUCGCCAAGCUGAGCGGCAAACGAGCGAUCGACGCACCGCCUGCCGAGCCGGCCACCCAAGAGAAGGGAUUCUACAGGGUGUCCGGCAAGAAGUUGGUCUCGGUCCUCGAAUCCGGCGGAGACGGCUACACCGACCCGCACGACAGCGUCGGCAGCGGGUCGUCGUACUACCGGGACUCGCAGGCGUUUUCGGAGGGCUCGAACCCUUUUCAACUUGGAUCCCCGAUGCGGCCGGUCAGCGGCGUCCCCAUUUACCGAGACGGCGCGCAGCGAACCGCCCUUCACGAACAGGGUCCUUUACCACCGGGUCAUCGCCCGUCUGUUUUCCCCACGACGCUACAACCACCAGGUUCCGCCGGCCGCAGCUUCGCACCGCGAGACGGAUCGAGGGGCUCAACGUCGAGAUUUAUGGAAAACACAUGA